CAUUUGAUUCGGACCGGGAUUCAUAGCGCGUUUUGCGAAUCAGUUUGUCCCCCUGAUCCCCCUCAUCCCCCCCGGCAAAUCGCACCCUGGAUGUGGUGAUAAAAAGACCAGCCAUCACUUGAUUUGACCAUCUUCUGCCCUCUUGAGGAUUAAAGGAGCACCUGCAUUCCAUUCUCUCCCAGUUAUGCCAGAUUUCCCGAGAAGUUGAGGUACACGUCAGAAUGGAACCUGUACUGGUGAGCGGACGUGUACAGUGACCUCAGCAGUUUGUGCGUAUCAGCUGACACACAUACACAGACGGGAAAACAUGGAACGCGGUUUCUCUCUUGCUGGACCUUCUUCUAAUCCUCGUAAACGUCAAGUACGAUUUUCAGCACGUCAUGACAUCCUGCUCCUUCGUGAGGUGAUAGCACAGAACCCCUUCACUUCUAAAGAGUCAGGCCGAAUCUGGGCAAGGGUGGGUGAAAUUAUUACUGCGACCCUACAGGAUGAGAACUUUGAGGUGGAUGGACGUAGAUGCAGGGAGAGAACCAUGCUACUGCUAGAUUAUUAUAAAAAACAGGACUUUGCAAGUCUACGCAGGUUUGGUACGGAACGCCUGUAUGCACAGAAAGAAGACCUGUUGCAUGAAGUUCUGGAGUUGGAGGCAGAGAAGAAUCUUCUGGCAAGUGGGGAAAGUAAAUACCAAGAUGAUGAACUCAGGAAGAGAGCACUGGAGGAAUUAUCAUCCCCUGAGCCUGACAAAUCCACUGUGCUCUCAGUAACAGCAGCUCCCCCCACUGUGGUAGCCAGCCCAGAACCUGAGGAGCAGGAGGAGGCUGAACUCACAGCUCCUACAGCCAAACGGCCAUGUCAGUGCUGCUGCCAGACCUACUCAGAGAUCCUAAGCUUCUUAGAAAAGCGAUUUGAAGCAGAGCAGAGUCUGCGAGAGGAGGAAAUGGCACUGAGAAGAGAGGAGCUAGAAAUCCAGAGGAAUAAGAUUGCCCUGGAUCGGGAGCGUCUCGGAGCAGAAAGAAAAGAGCGGGAACGUCGGUUUGAGCUGGAGAGUCAGGAAAGAACUCUCUGUGGAAGACCGACUGAAAGGUGGACCAUGAAGAGGAGGAACUCAUUGAAGGGCUGCAGAGACUGACACUGUCAAAAUAAAGUUUAAAUAAUUAUGAUACAUGCAUGUAACUUGUGCAUCAAAAAAU